AUGGGAAUUGAGAAGGCGCUAUUGUCUCCUGAGCAGCGACAAGCCCUGCACAGAAGUAUUCUAGGAUAUUUGCGGGUGCAAGUGCCGCACGAACCUGCGGAAGGAGCCGCAAAUGCAGAUCACGUUCUAACAACAGUCGCGCAAUGGCUAGAGAUCGAAGAAGAGGACAAUAAAAUGGACAAAAACGGGGAUUCAUAUGGUGGUAAUACAAUUUCUAGUGAUGCAGCUUUGCUGCCUCGCAAGUGGAACUCAAUUGUACGACUUCAACGACGCAUUAUCGAACUGGAGCGUCAUAUACGGCAACUUACCGACGAGAACGAAACGCUCCUGGAGGAGGGCACAGUGGCGCACGCGGUAGCACGUUCUUCGAUCAACUGGCUCCCGCGCUCGUUACCGAGCUUUCACAUCGACAUUGGGGCCCCUGUGUCCGCUGUCAAACUACAUCCAAUCCUCCCAACUGUGUUUGUCGCGACAGAGCAAGGCAAGCUCCAGUGCUACGAUCUUAUGAACUACACAAUGCCGCUCGCGUCAGUGCAGGCACAUAUGCGCGGGAUUACCAGCAUCGAUGUGCUUGUCGAAGAAUCUACUCAUUGCCUGGUGGUCACAGCAUCGAAGGACCUCCAUAGCAAGGUGUUCCGUUUCGACGGUACCGGCCUUCAACUCAUCCGAACAUUCACUGGCCACGAGCACAUUGUAUCGCAUGCACGUAUAUGGAGAAACAGAUCUGAUAUCCUAGUGGCCACAUGCUCACGUGAUCUGACAUGCAAGAUCUGGGACCUCUCCAAUGGUUGGUGUCUCAAAUCUUUCCAAGCACACAAAGAUUGGAUACGAUGCCUCGAUGUAUUUGGCGAAUACAUUGUGACUGGCUCAAAUGAUUCUACAGUACGACUUUCCCAUUGGCCUAGUGGCCGAGGGCUUUCGUUAGGUAUCGGUCACGAUUUUCCCAUAGAGUCACUAAAGAUUAUCCCCUUAGAAGAAAACCAAGCUACUUCAGAUACAUCAGACCAGGGCCAGUUAGCUUCGGAGCAAGAAUACUCACAAUUAGGCUUUAAACAGGUCGUCUCUACAUCGCGUGACAAAAACAUUUGCAUAUGGUCAGUCCCACUGCCAAAAUUCGUCCCACAUAGGCCACCACAACCAAACCCUGCAAGGUCGCAGUUCACAUUAAUCAAGAAGUUGCAUGGUCACUCAUCAUGGGUGAGAGAUGUAUGCGUUCGCGGAAAUCACAUAUUCUCGUGCAGUGACGAUAGGUCGAUUCGGAUUUGGGAUCUUGGAUCUGGUGACUGUAUUCGAGUACUAUCAGAUCUACAUUCAGGGUUCAUAAACUGUCUAGACCUCGACUCAAAUGGUCUUAACAGAGAACUACUAGUGUCUGGGGGAGCAGAUGGACAAUUACAAGUUUUUUUGAAAUGA